GGUGGACACGGAGGGAGUGUACGAGUGCAUGGAAACUGGUCUGAUCUUUGAGGUUAACAGAAAAGUUGACAUCAAGUAUUGCGUUUUGUCCUGGAGCAAAUACGCAGACCUGGUCGUCAAGCCCUGGGCUGUUGGGGGACCCAUGUUUGAUGUCAAAUGUGACCCCGCCUGUCUUACCUCCAUUCAGUUUCCACAUUCCCUCUGCUUGGGGCACCAUGAUGCCAAUAUGACAUUCAGAGUCUUACAUGUUAAAAAUUCCGAGGCCUCGUUAGAAUGUAUUGUGGAUCAUUCUGCAACCCACGUCAGAUGGCACGUGAGCUCUCUUUCUCCUGUGGGACCUGUCAUUCAAAGCGAAGAAACAUUAUACCACCACGGGGCUGUGAUUCUGUACAAAGUCAUCGACCAGAAUCCCUCCUUAUCUUUUCGGGUGUACGUAGCAACCAAUAACGAGUCCUACAUCAAGGAUAUUGCCAAGGCUGUCAAGCACUCCUCUAAGAAAUUCAUGAAAAUCGACAAGCCUCCUGUGUGCCUGAAGUUAUUGGAGCAUGGGAAGAAGUACAGACUGGUCAGUGAACCAGAAGCCGACAUCACCCCUGAGGAAAUUGAAUUUGUGGAUGGUUCCCUUUUAAAACUGAAAAGUUAUAUCGAAGUUUAUUUGGAGCAGCCAAUGGAGUUUAAAUUACUGUUGGUUGAGACGGAUUCCGACGAGAUUGUAUGGAAAGCGAAACUGAGAGAAUGUGACUGGGUUCAACAUGAUCAGAGUCGGAACGUUUCAAAAAGCAGCACAAGUGGUAAAAGGCGACGUAAAGUAAGUAACACUCUGCCUGAAGAGGAGGUCAGUGCUAAAAGAAUGAAGCAGGUUGACACUUCAGAUGGAGCCAAGACCCUGUUAACAGACGAUCAGUUGAUUACUCUUGCUGGGAAGUUGGGGAAGGAGUGGAGAGAAAUUGGCAUUGUCAACCUGGAGUUGGACAUCAGCGAUAUUGACGAUAUCCGGAAGAAGGAAGAAAAUGUGACAAUUUGUAAGUUUCGGAUGCUGAAGAAGUGGCAAGACAAGGAGCUAAGCAACGCCACAGUCCAGAACUUAUAUAACUGCUUGAAAAACGUCUCAGCUGAAGUCCAGGAUGUGCUGGAAGGUUUCUUAUAGGCAACAUGAGAUUUGGAAGAUGGACCGGAAAAGGAAGCCUCAGGAACUUUUUAUCUGCAAAGCACCAUUUCACCUGGUCAUUGGGUAUUGACUUAAUGAGACCUUGAACUUAGUCUCUGGAACAACUUCUCCACAGCCAGCCGCUCUGGAGCUCACACUAAUCCAGGAACAAAGAGAAUGUAAAAUUUUGGAAAACUUGAGGAAGAAAACACCUUUAUAAUAUCAAUAUUUUUUUUUUUCUUUUUUGGCACCUCCUGCUCACACCAUCCUACCAGCUCCCCAACCCAAACGGAUAUCAUUACAAAGGGUGCUUAAUAUAACUCAACUCAGGCAGGUGAGAAAUGUGGUAAUAUUCUUUUUUGGAGUAGUGUGGACUCUGAAAUUCUUACCAAGUGCUUGAAACACUUUUAGCAAUUAAAUAGUGGUGCACUUAAACGUGCACCGAUUUGGUUUAGCUUUUAUCGGGUUGACAUUAAUAACGAAGAGAGGUUCCCAAUCUUUCAGCCUCCACACAGACACACGUGCCGCUGGGUACAAUCUAUCUUUUCAUGUGGGAUUUCAUUUCUGUAUCUCACCUUACUAACCUCUCUGGUUAGUGGCCCGUUACACCGUCAAACCAGUCAUGUUGCCUGGUCCUGUAGUGAUUAGAAAGGAAUGUCAUCCUCUCCCAUCACAGGGUUGAUACGCUCGCUCACAGGUGAUCUCCUCACCUUACCGGGCAAGUUCGACUGGAUCCAUUGUCAGAGUUGCUGUCAAAAUCACCAGGCCAAGCACUGUCUGUCUUGACUUUCACCCUGGGAUCGUUUGGGGGUGGGGGUGGGGGUGGGGAACCCCGCUCAGAAACAGCCUCAGCAGGACCACGGAAACGGUCAUCUCUUCUUGAAGAAGACGCGCCCUCGGGGAUAAUGGGUCACAUUGGCUCUUGAUAAUUGGUAAAGUGUUUGUGUUUUGUAUGUAUAGGUGUUGUCGCUCUUCCAGAAUCAUGCCUGUGGUGAUUAGCCUUUCGGAUAUGUUUUGUUAACUUAUUUGAAGACACUAUAAAUUACCAUUAGUCUUCUGUUGUUAUUAGCUGGAGCGUUAAAAUGAAUCUCAAUGAAUUAAGCAGAGAGUCACACUUUAUUGUUUUGCCUGUGAAGAACAAAUUUACUUUAUAGGGAAUAACGUAUUUUUAACUGUCCGGGAUCCUGUGGAAUUCAAAUCAGUGUCACUUUAAUGAGUUUUGUUUAUUUUUUAAAAAAUUGUACUAUAUUUUAGGAAACACGUGGAGUUUUAACAUUCAGAAGUGUAAACUACUUAAAGGACUUGAAUUUUUUAAAUGUUUAUUAUUUUUUUUAUAAGUUGUUUUUCUAAGAAAAGCAUAAUUGCAGAGGUGCUUUGUAUAUCAGCUGGUUUCCUAGCCAUUUUCAACCUUUUUUCAUACUAUGGAUGAAGGGAAGAAAAAUAAACCUACAUGUAUGUGUACAGUGCA